CGCCGACGCUCCGUCUUCUGCUGCUUCCCCCGCUCGCGCUCGCGGCGCUCAGGCUCGGGCCCUCAAGCGACGGAGGGGCAGUCCCAGGCUCGGCGGCGGCGUCAGCGGCUCCCCCUCCCGCCUCUCGCCAGUCGCCUCGCGCCCUCGCCUCCGUCCUCCGGGCACCGGCCGGCGACCCUGCGUACGCACCUCCCUCUCCCCUCCCGCCUCUGCUGUACCGUGGGAGCCCGGCCAGCUGCCCAGGGUGGCCGGGCCUUGGCUCCGCCGGUGCAUCUGUUCACCCAUGUUCUUUGCUGGGUCCGCCCCUGAUCCUACAGUACUGAUGCAUUGCGAGAGUUGGCCAGGGCUACCAAGGGGUGUAGAAUUUAACCCCAGCGAUAGUGAUAUUCUGUGGCAUCUCGCAGCAGAAGUUGGGAAUGGUCGAACUGAGCGCCAUCCGUUUAUCCAUGAGUUUAUUAAAUUUGUUGAUGGUGAUGGAGGAUUUUACUGCAGACACCCUCAAGAUAUACCGGGUGUUAGGCAAGAUGGCCGUGCAUCAUACUUCUUCCAUAGAAGUUUUGAGCCGUGCAACAAUGAGAAUGAUGCAAGUAACUGCUGGAAGAAAAUUGGAAGCCCUAGAUCCAUCAUCCUGGGUGGAACACUGCAGGGUUGCAAGGAGGUGUUUGCCCUGUAUGCAGACAUGACGAGUGAUAAAAGCUCUCAGGAAACUGACUGGAGAUUACAUCAGUAUCAUUUACAAAACACAGUGAAGGCAGAGUCAGAGAUAGUGGUGUCGAAAAUAUUUCUUGCAUCACGAAAUAAUCUGUGUGAAUUGGCUGAGGAAGGUCGUAUUGAAUCCGAACAGUAUGUUUCCACACAUAAAGAUUCAAGCGUGGAAUGUGCCAAAGGUUUUAACUUUGAAAUCUGUACUGAGAUUGAUGAGCUUGAUCAUAUACCUCUGAAAGAGCGCUACAGGAUCCUUCUAGCAGACAAAAGUUCAGGGCUUGGUACAGUAUCAACUGGGAAAUCUAUAAUGUGUGUGGAAACUAGCAGAUCAUCUCCCAAAAGAAAUCAUGAGGGAACAACACAUAAAGAAGAUAUAUGCAGCAUGUUGCAGGAAAUUUCUUCUGCACCUCCUAUUAUAGAGAGUAAUCCCAUGGAUGAUAACAGCAACAUGACGUUACUUGGUGAAGAUCUUCCAGUGGAGGGUUCCGAAAACCAGAUAGAUGGCACUGCAACUUGUAUGAGUGAAAACAGUGAGCUGGUUGCAAGAAAACAAGGGGCUCAUCUAGCUGAUGUAAAACUGGAGCCUGCAUUAGAAGGUUAUAAGAUUGGCCCUUCUGAAUCUCCUCAAGCAAAUUCUACUCAUGCCAAAGGCUCAGUACCGUCUUUAGGAGUAAAAGAUGAACUUACUGACUGUGAGCUACCUGAGAAAGUUUCUUUCAGUUCCCGACAACGCAGAAAAAGGAAAACGAGUUGUUCAACUGAAAAAAUGCUUGAAGAAGAUGCUGACACUGUUAAGGAGGGUGUUGCUUACCGUUCUCGUCGAAGGAGAAAGAAAACAGCGACGGAUUCAAUUGAAAAGGCACUUGAUGAAGAUGCUCCAGGGCUUCUGCAGAUUCUUUUAAACAGAGGAAUAGGGGUUGAAGAAAUCAAACUUUAUGGUGCUGAAGAAGAUAAUGAAAUGAUAGAAGAUUCUACAGAAAGUAACUUUGAAGAUCUUGAAAACGUCAUUGCAAAUAUAUUUCCAAAGAAGGGAAAAGGCUAUUUACUAUCAGUAUCUAGAUACGAAAGGGGGGAAAAGGCUAUUUACUGCCUAUCCUGUUUAAUUUCUCUUAUUGAGCAGUCACGAUACCUUCAGUUCCGUGACUGUCCUGUGGAAUGGGGAUGGUGCAGGGAUCUGCAAUCCUUUAUUUUUGUAUUUACAAGCCAUAAUAGGAUAGUUCUUGAGCGUCCUGAAUAUGGUUAUGCAACAUACUUCUUUGAGGUGGUCCAAUCAACUCCAAUAGAAUGGCAGAUCCGUAGGCUGGUUGUUGCAAUGAAGCUUAGUGGCUGUGGAAGGACAGCUCUUAUUGAAAACAGGCCAUUAAUGGUUGGUGAAGAUUUAACAGAAGGUGAGGCACAUGUUUUGGAAGAAUAUGGUUGGGUUAGAAACACUGGGCUUGGCACGAUGGUCAACUACCGUGAUCGUGUGGUCCAUGACAGGUGGACUGAGAAAUGUGUUGCUGAUUGGAGGGCGAAGAUAGGGAAGCUUCUAAUGGUUGGUUAUGCCGAGGGCCAAUCAGUCACAACUCAUGGUCCGAAGAAAAUAGUGGACCUGUUGGAAGCUACUGGGGAUGCUGAACUUGAAAUAAAGUUGGAGGAUCCUUAUUGAGAGAUCCCUUGUGUAUAGGUACAAUAUGUACUUUGUAGUCGUACGUAUAGUCCUGAAUGCAUCCAAAUAAACUUUAGGUUGUACAAAAAGACUUGCAACUUAUCUGACCUUCACUAGGCUAGUGAUCGGUAACCUUUUUAUGUGUGCCAGUGCCAGUGCCACUGUAGUUUGGGACAUAGCUAUCUCGGUUGUUGCCAGGACACUUUAGGUAGGUUGAUGAAUGUACUUGGUUCGUAGCGAUAUGAGCACCCUGGUUGCAGUUCUCUGAUGAAAUAACGUGGCACUUGUAUAUCUGAAUUGUAAACUGAAUUCGUUCGUGAGUAUUUUCAUUCCACGAAGCUAACAUUUUCGCCA